UGGUUACUACUCAGGCCCUGAGCCUCCUCCUUCUGACAGCCCCGCCCUGCGCACUGGGAUGCCCUUGUGCAAAGAGGAGGAGUUCCCGACGGGGGCCAUGUGCUGCCCCAAGUGCAGGCCAGGCUCCCGGGUGCAGGAGGCCUGCGGGGAGCUCAGGACCACAGUGUGUGCGCCCUGCACCCUGGGCACCUACACUGCCCACCUCAAUGCCCUGCGCGAGUGUCUGCCCUGCUGCGUCUGUGACCCAGGCCUGGGCCAGGUGACCAGAUGGAACUGCACCACCCGGACCAACACCGUGUGCGGCUGCGGGCAGGGCCACUUCUGUGAGCGACAGGACGGGGACUCCUGCAUCCAGUGCAGGCCCCACAGUGUCUGCCGCCCGGGCCAGAGGGUGCGGGAGACAGGCACCGAGUGGCAGGACACGCUGUGUGAAGACUGCCAGCCGGGCACCUUCUCUGUGGGGGGCACCCAGGCAGCCUGCACGCCCUGGACCAGGACAACUCGCCUUUCCUCGGGUACUACUGCCUGUCCCCAGCUUGGAGGGGACAGGGGAGCCGGCAGAAAGGAACAGGCGUCGGGACCUGCAGGCCUCCCGGGUCCAGCCAGACGUCACCACGGAGCCCGUGGAGGAGACAGCAUCCGUGUUCCCUCAGAGCGACCGCCACCUGACACAUGGCUGCGGGAUGCAGGCGCCUGAGCCAUCUCCGCGAGGCUGCGGGCAGCGGCCAGCCCCCCAAGGACCAGCUACGGGGUCAGGGGAGCCACCAGGACCUGCUGGAAUCCAGCUCCAGCAUGUGAGCUGGGCUGACUCAUCUGGAGGUGGCUGAGGGCAUUUCCCCAAACCUGAACAGGAUGCUUAAAGGUGUGGACGAAAGGGGCCACAUGCUGACCUGACAAGCUCAUG